AUGUUCAUCCUUCCACCUCCUUCUGACAAUUCCAACUUGGAUAGUCGACCUACUUCCAUCGAAUUGACCAUACCCGACAAGAGGAUCUGGUCCCAUAAUGAAGCGAUGACCCAAGCUAUUGCCAAAGGAGAUCCAUUUUCACAGGCAUUGGUCAGUUCCGUACAAGCGAUCGACAAUCGGGAAAUCCCUGUCUCCAAAAUCGAGAUUGAUACUUUGGUUACAUCGAUCGACUCACAUAUCCAAUUCAUCCAGAUGAUCGAGUCAGAUACAGAAACGGACGUGCCUCCACCUGUUCAGAGUCAAUAUACAGCUGAUCUCGAAAAUAUCAAAAAGCUCAUAAGAAGUGGUUACAGAGCUUAUCCCACGGAUAAUGAUAAGGGUAUUUUAUCGAUUUCUCUGCGUUCACCCCCGGAACUCCAACAGGGUAAAACCCUAGUCGACCCAGAGGGAGCCAGUAGACUUUUGAUUACGGUUGAAAGAAAUUCGGGAUUCCGCGAAUAUCGAUUUAACGCCAUUCUCAGUCAAAUUUGUCUGGGGAGAUCGCUCUCUCAUCAUGAGCAAGUGGAUCUCAUGCCUCCUUCCUUUUUGACUGAGAUGAAUAAGUACAUGGUUCACGAAGGAUUUAGAUGGACCAAUCGAGACGCUGAUGGACGUUCCAGACAAGCGCUGCCUAAACCGAGUGAGGUUUUGUAUCACAAUGAUCCGUGGUCAAAACGUUAUGAAAGACUUUCACAGGUGAAAGCACUCAUCAAUGGAACAUCGUAUCAAGAGUAUCGUAGCCUUCUUGAAUCCAUUGAAAUCCUCCCCGAAGGAGAGAAACUGUUACUUCGAAAUGACAUCAAAUCUGUCAGUGAUGCUUCAAGAGCCAGAGCUAUAGCAGCGCUAGGUGACAGCACUUCAGAUCCCGGACCGACUUGGGCAGAACAUUUGCGUUCACAAGAUCCACUUGAAUUCGCAAUAGAAGCACUCAAAUAUGACUAUACAGAAGAGGAAAUCGAUUUUAGCGAUCCCGAAGUUAUCAGGCCUUUCAUGCCUCAUCGAGCUUUGGAAGAACUCUCAAAAGCUCAGAGUAAUUGA